AUGUCGGACGCAGCCGAAGUCAAGCCAACUCCGUCCGCAGACCAGACUGCAUCCUCUGAACCAAGAUUGGCUGAAGAUGAAACCAAAUUAGUCCAGAAUCCAUUAGGUGAUCCCUCCACUGAGGCUCCCGCCGGCGAAGACAAGUCAUCCUCAGUGACUGAGACUGCCGCCAAUGCUGCCAGCAAUGCUGCCAGCACGGCCUCUGCCGCGGCCUCUGGGGUCAAGGACUCUGUUUUCUCCAUGUUUGGCGGCGGUGCAAAGAAAGAGCGCAAGGACAAGGCCGAGGAAGAAGAAGCUGAUGUCGAGUUCGAGCCCGUCGUUCGCCUUACGGAAAAGAUUGAUACAAAGACCAAUGAGGAGUCGGAGGAGCAAACCUUCAAGAUGCGUGCUAAGCUCUUCAAGUUUGACCGCGACUCCAGAGAAUGGAAGGAGCGGGGCACUGGUGAUGUUAGACUACUGAAGCACAAGGAGAAUGGCAAGACAAGAUUGGUUAUGCGCCGUGACAAGACUCUCAAGGUCUGCGCUAACCACUAUGUCACCCCUGACAUGAAGCUCUCUCCCAAUGUCGGCAGUGAUCGCAGUUGGGUCUGGAAUGUUGCUGCAGAUGUCAGUGAAGGCGAACCUGAGGCCCAGACCUUGGCUAUCCGUUUCGGCAAUAGCGAGAAUGCCAACCUCUUCAAGGAGGCUUUCAUCAAGGCUCAGCAGGACAACGAGGCGCUGUUCCAGAAGUCAUGA